GGGGCUGUAAACUUGAAAGCUCCAAAGAGUAUUGGGUGGGACGGAGGCUUCAGUCUUGUGUCCAGGUUUUUCAGAAGUUCUGCAGGGUGUGUGUGUCCAGGUGCACAUACUCGUUAUAAGGCAGAUAUGAGCAUAGCUCAAAGGUGGUGGAGGAAUAGCAGUUGUUAUUGCUACAAGCCUGAAUAUAGAGUCCUGUCAGGAGAGCUGGAAGCUCCUGGUGGAGACUACAACCCUUGUGAGGGAGAUUCUAGGCCCAAGGACUGGGAAAGUCUGGCCAGCUACAAGAGUUUGGGAGACCAAAACUGGGAG